AUGGCCAGCCCCCAUUCCGAUACGGCUGCGGAAGACAUUCUCAUUGCUUCUACUCCUCCGCCUGCGCGGACACGUUCAGCAGACAGCAUGAGCAAAUCCACUUAUGCAUCUCCUCCACCAAUAUCGGGAAGCAUGACCCCUCCGCCUUCUACACAACCUCCCCGAUUCCAUUCGCCGAUCAACCGCUUAAGUGUUGGGCCCAGUGACACCCUACCUGCGUCCCCCCCAAUGACAGUCAGAACCAAUGUUCUACUUGCGUUGCCCACACCAGACGCGAUCGCAAAAGCAGACAUUGAAGAACUCCGAAGAAUGGCCAAAGAGUUGGUCGCCGCUGUCCGAGAUGCUAGAACCUCCGCCGCACACUUCAAAUUACAACACAGUUUCUUGGUCAUGGAGUCUGAGGAGGCUGCACAACGAGCUGAAGUUGAGCACCAGAUGACUCGCAGAGAAGUUGAAGUCCUUCAAGCUGCUGAGCACAGACAGCGCCGGUCAUUCUCAAUGAAUUCUCGAAAUUCUCAACCACCACCGCAACCGCAGAUUGAUGCAUUGACCAGAACCUGUAGGGUGUUGGAGGAGGAGCGAGAUGAAGUAGAGCAUCAAUUAUUGCGAGCUAAGAAACUGGUGGAGCUAGAGAAGGACAAAGUUGAGCUGUUGACGGAAGAAAAUGCUCGGCUCAAGAAACGCAUUCGCGAGAACAGAGAGCAUUUUACUCGGCUCAAAAGCUUGUCCCCAACGUAUACAACGCCUCGCGACACGUAUACCACCCCUCAGCGCAAAGCAGUACCACGGUUUGCAGAGUCUGCGCCGAAUCAUGCGAAUAUUGCAGCUCUUCUGGCAGCCGAUCAAGUCCUCAGCGGAGAGAGCGUCAGUGUUCCAUCUACUCCCACCAGAACUCACACCACUAAAUUUAAACAUGGUCACAUUCGUGGUACCCACUCUUUAUCCUCGCUUCACACUACACCUGCACAAACGCUCCCUAUGACUCACAAUGGUUAUUCGGAAUCGAUGGUACCAUUUUCUGCUCCCGCUUCCCAACUGGCGAUUGAGUCAGCAGAAAGAGAACGUCAUGAUCGAGACAGCACCAUAUCGAUCUCUGAUGCUGAAGAAGGCAGUGACGAUAAUAUCCCUCAGUCACAGGCCAGUUCUUUGGCGAGCGACAUGUUACGGAGAAAUCCCGGAAGCCAGGAGAGCUUAAGACUAUCACAGAAUGCAGAGCGCUCAAGCAGUCUCCUUCAAACUAAGCUCUUCGGACCCGUUAAGAAAUCGAGUCAUCUCAGAAAGCGAGGAGCCAGCUUCGGGGAGGCAGACAUCAAAGCCAAAAAGGCAAAAGUUUCUCAUGGUGUUGGGCUUGGUAUUGAAUCGUGGAGUCAAAGUUAG